CAUUUACGGUCGAGUCUUUCAAUACCAAGAGAGCAUGUCGUCAAUGGGAUCCAAGUCAUCACAUGGCUCAUCGUUGAUACUCUUCCAAAGUGUUGGCAACUAGUGCGGUGGCUAGAUCUCUAUUGUCAGUGCCAUCCUGUCGAUAUCAGCGCUCUCACCUUGGGCUGUCUGCCGGUCUGCCUGCCGGUCUGCCUGCUUGUCACAGCGAGAGCAAGACUAAGCCCCAGCAUCAGCUGCCCACUACACACAUGGUGCGGUUCAACUUGAUCACGUUGUUGUAUAUGCAACUUGUCAACGGCUGCCUUGUGCAUCUACUGCUAGCGAUAAUUCCAUAUAUUGCGUCCAGCUCACAAUGUGCAGUCUGUCAGCUGUCCCGCCAUGAUGAUCAGAUUCGCACAAAGCAGGGUUGUACUUGCGUGUGUUUGCCUGUGCAUAUGCAUUUCCACUAUAAUUCCGCAGCACAGCAUAUAUCGUUGACGCGAGUGUGGGGGAAGCUGGAGCCGUAUUUGCAAGAUGUCAGACGACAACGCCGUGCAUUUAGCACCAUGCAGGCCACCGCAUUUGCAAAAGCCAGAGUCUCUCACCAUAGGACCACGAUGCUGACAUGCGAUCGGCUAUCAGCCCAUAUGCAAUCCCCACAAUUGGGACCACGUUGCUCAGCGUCUGAUUCCGUGCAGGUUCGCAUGGCGCACCCUGUCUCGGUUGUCGUACUGCGAAACACUCGGUAUGUCGCACAUGUCUAUCUCCGCAGUUUGGGCAGGUGGAUCGGCAUAGCCAUGCAGAGCAACUGGAUACUGGCGGAUAUCCAGCCCCAUCCACCGCGGCAUGACGUCUAAUAUAGGAAUAGUACUGUACAUGUGUUGCAGCCUCACACCUCAGUAGCGCCAAUAUCUCCCACCUUGGAGCCACCGGCACACAAAGACAUGAAGCGAGAUAGCCACAUGGCCAUCUUGGCUUUGAAACUACUGCGAGCAGCAAUCAAAAUGGAAAUUCAGCUUAUGGCAUACUAUCACGACAUGCUCUCUACCGAUCGAGGUCAGUAGUACAAGUCCGAUCCGAAAGCUUAGAAGGUUCUUGUGCAGCCAUAUCCAUUUUCAGCCUCUGCUGCCAUGCAGGCG